UUUAAUAGAUUACUUGACACACAGAAAACCCCGCUGGAAAAAUAACGUCUGAGCACGGGAUUUUGUUCUCAAAACGCCUUUCCGAUGGUUCAAAGUCCGCGAGAACUGACCUCCUAAACAUCCGAGGUUUGGCUGGAAGCUGAAGUAGGCAGGAAACUGGAAUGAAACCUGAGAAGUUUUCCUUUAAUAAUUCAUCAAGAUAUUAGUAGAAUGCACUUCAGAACAGCGGUUUUCAAGUAGUUUCAAAUCCCCAUUAGAGUUAGUCUGCCACAUACGUUCCAGAUAAGACCCAGAUUAACACAAUCAAUUUCCUGUAAUUAGUAUAAAUGAAAACUUGUCGCAUCAUCCACUCAGUCGUUGAAUUCUCAACAAAAUGAAGACUCUGCUGAUUGUUUCCCUGGCUCUUUUAGCAGCUGCCCAGGGCAAAAGUCUUCGGGAUGACGACAGCCCAUUGGUGCAGGUGUCCGUUUACUAUGAAACUUUGUGUCCCGACAGUAUUUCUUUCAUUGUCCACCAAUUAUAUCCAGGCUAUUAUGCACUGAAGGAAUACAUUGACUUAGAGCUGGUCCCCUGGGGGCACGCCUCGGAAGAAGAAAUCGAUGGCGUGAAGAACUUCACCUGCCAGCACGGUCCCACUGAGUGUUAUGGCAACAAAGUGCACGCCUGUGUAAUUGACAUGGCUUCCGAGGAAGUAAGCACUGAGUUUGUGUUCUGUUCUGAGCGCUCAGACGCUCCUGCCGACGACACCAACUUGCAGCAGUGCGCUGAGGAAGUGGACUUGUCCUGGAGCGAAAUCCAGGAAUGCGUGGUCAAUGGAAAAGGCGAUGAAUUGCUAUCAGAAAACGGCAGGAAAACUAACUUGGUCAGCCCUACAUUCAUUCCCACCAUUAUCCUGAACGGCACCUACGAUCAGACGACUCAAGAUCAGGCCUUGUUGUACUUUAAGACUCUGAUCUGCAAUCUGAUUGGAUUCAGACCUGAAUGCUUGUGCCGGAAAUAGUUUAAUAUAAUGCGUGUCUGAAGUUUCUCUAA